UGCAAUUGCAUUUGAUCUUAAUUGUUUAACUAUUUCAUCCGUUUUACACUUUUUGCGUUUAGUUCACGCACACACACAUAUACACACACUUGCCCAUGCACAAGAAGCAUUUGCCACCGAGCACACGUUUAAUUGAAUUUACAACGUACGUUUCUCUGCCGUUUUCUUCAAUGUGCCGUCAGCUCUCCAGAAUUAUUAUUUUGUGUUAACCGUAUUAGUAUUAUUCUGACAAACAAAAACAAAAAUUCUUAAAUUCAGACAGAAAAAUAACUAAAUGACUUGAGCUGCGCUGCCACUGUAUGUCAGCAGCACCAAAGUAUCGAGACAAAGCAUCGAUACGUUGCCCGCAACGCUAACAUAUCGAUAGUCGGAACAGCAGCAGCCGCAGCGAUACCAUCGAGUGAUGCUAUUCGAUAACAUAAGUUAUUGGGAACUAUUUUUAUUUUGUUUAAAAAAAAAUGUUUUUAAUUGUGUGAAACAUGCCAAACUGACUGAAUGAGCAACAACAAAACAGAGCGUCCGUAUAUUCUACUGAUUUAAGACUUUGCUUGGAAUAAUGCUGUGUACAGCUGCAUAUCGAUACACAGGCCCGCCCGCAAUCGAUUGCUUAUGUUUAAAUCAAGUCAAAAGGCCAAUUAAUAUUAGUUUGGCUGCUGCAAUGGCUACAACGGUGGCGUCCGAGGGCUUUGGGGACAUUGUGUCCCACUACCUGGACAAGGGAAUAGUGCUUAUAAUUGCUGAUCUGCUGAGUUUAAUAACGGUCUCCUCCUGCCUGGUCAUCAAAGUGCCGCAAAUAAACACAAUACGCGAAAACCAAUCGUCCAAAGGCAUCAGCGUCCUUGGCCUAUGCCUGGAACUGUUCAGCUAUACCGUUAUGAUGUCCUACAAUUACACCGCAGGCUAUGAUUUUCUAUCCUACAUGGAGUAUCCUGUGCUGCUGCUGCAGGAAUAUGUGCUCAUCUACUAUGUCUUCAAAUAUCAGGAUAUGCUGGGCAAGCGUACACAAAUCUUUGCCGUCUUCUACGUGACGAUUGCAACGCUUAUCUAUCUAAAGCUCUUUCCCAUUAUCGUCCUCACGUUCCUGGUGCCCUUCUGCACGCCCAUUGGAGCCACCAGCAAGGUGCUGCAGCUUCUGGCCAUAUUGCGCACAAAGGAUGCCAGCUCCGUGAGCCGCACCACGUGGGCCCUGUCCGCCUUCACAAACAUGACCCGCAUCUAUACGGUUUUUGUGCAGUCGCAAGAUUGGAUGCUGCUGUCGAAUUUCCUGAUAUCCACGUUCCUCAGCUCGAGCGUGUUUGCCGCCGCCUGCGUUUACAAGCAGAAGACGAAGACAGCUUGAAAUCCUUGGCCAG